AUGGGCAUAAGCAAGCUGACUGCAGAAGUAGAAAACAAUAUUGCUCCUACUGUGCAGAAGAACAUGGGAACCGUGAUUGCACAGCCCAACAACCACAGUGUAUCAACUGUGGUGAGGCCAACUCCCGCUAUGGCACCAAAUACAGCUACUUCCAUCCAGCCUAUGCUCCAGAAUGCCCACAAUACCAGCGCAAGGUACAGUCAAUCCGAGAUAAUACAGAAUACUGCUAAUCUUGAUUUAUCAAACGUCAUAAAUAAAGAUACAAUAUGCAGUACAUUAUCUAUCAAAUGUAUACAAAUAAAUUUACAGCGAGCAAAAGCAGCAGUUGCUCAACUAGCACAAUUUGCAGCAGCAGAAUUUGGUGCUGACCUGAUAAUGGCUCAGGAACCUUACACGCGAGACGGAAUUGCAGUGGGAUUUCCAUUGCAAUGGACAAUUUAUCAACAAGGAAAUGUAGAAUAUCCUCCUAGGGCCAUUAUUAUUAACUGCAACAAAAAAUGGUCUCCGGCUAUCGUAGCAAUUGAACGCGAUAAUGUUGCAAUCAUUAUAGAAGCACAAGAAGCAUCUUUACUGUUUAUCUCACAAUACUCUCCUCCUUCUGCAGAUAUUUUGGCUACUACACAGUUUCUUACAGAUACCCUGCAAAAGAUUAAAAUUCCUCUUAAAAUAAUUACAGGCGAUUAUAAUGCCCACAACACGGUUUGGGGGUAUGCUUCUACGAAUGACAAAGGAAGCCUUCUGGAGGAUUUUCUGUCUGCUAAUCAUCUUGUUUUACAUAACACAGCAGACGCGCCUCCGACAUAUGACAGAAUCUACGCACAAGGCUGGCCUGAUUUGACGGUCAGUUCAGCCUCAGCUGCGCCAUUAAUACAAAAUUGGAGGGUUAAUGAUGAAAUUAGCUUAAGCGACCAUCGUUACAUUACUUUCUCAAUAGAGCAACCGACGACAAUUAAUAUUAUUCGUCGUUACAACCUACCUGGUAGGCGUAAACGUGCUUUUACUACUAGAGUCAAGAAUUUGAUUGAAGGUAUUGAACAACAGCUAACUCAAGCGAACUCUAGAGACGAAUUGGAGAAUUUCACAGUGACUCUACAAAAGUGUAUACAGCAAGCGUGUGAUGACAUAUUGCCACAGCGUAGUACUAAAAAACUGACUACGAUCAAUUGGUGGAGUAGUGAACUUCGUAUUCAGCAGAGGCAAUGUCGCGCAUUACGUCGAAGAAGGUUAAAGACUGAGCGUAGACUAAACCUUCCAGCUAACACCCUCCCAAUUUAUCAACAGGCAAGAGCGAAGUACAAACGUUCAAUUUUGCAGGCUAAAAUCAAUUCAUGGCAUGCUUUUUGUACAGAGUCACAAAACAUCUAUGGUAUUCAUCAUAAGAUUAUGACUGGAAAGCUGUUUAGGCCUGCCCAGUUACACAUCCCUACACGAAUAAAUGUUACUCAGGACUACACAAGGGAAACAUUAAUACAGAUCCUGGAUUCCGUCUUCAGUCAGGAUGACCCAACCGAAGAUUCUAAGCAACAAGCAACUAUACGUACAGAACAGAUGUCUACCAACGUGCCACCGGAUAGGGAUAUUACAUUGAAAGAACUAAAACAUAUAUUAGCGCAUUUGCCAAAGAAAAAGGCCCCUGGCCCUGAUGGCAUUGAUUAUGCAAUCGUUAAAACAGUCGUUUUGGCCAAGCCAACAAUCUUUGUUAGCUUUUUCAAUAAAUUACUAGCUACGGGUACAUUCCCGAAAUCGUUUUAA